CGCACGGUGCAGAAGAACGCCAAGUACAUCUGCCUGGCCAACAAGGAUUGCCCCGUGGACAAGCGGCGCAGGAACCGCUGCCAGUUCUGCCGCUUCCAGAAGUGCCUGGCGGUCGGCAUGGUUAAAGAAGUGGUCAGGACUGACAGCCUGAAGGGACGACGAGGUCGACUACCCUCCAAGCCCAAACAGCCGCCGGACGCGUCCCCCGUCAGCCUCAUCACCUCCCUGGUGCGGGCGCACAUCGACUCCAUCCCCAGUGCCACCAAGCUUGACUACUCCAAGUUCCAGGAGUCGGCACCGUGCCCGUUCGAGAAGGAGGACUCGGUGGACGUGCAGCAGUUCUAUGACCUCCUCACUGGCUCCAUGGAUGUCAUCCGCAAGUGGGCUGAGAAGAUCCAGGGAUUUGCCGAGCUGCCCAAGGAGGACCAGGACCUGUUGCUGGAAUCAGCCUUCCUGGAGCUCUUCAUCCUGCGCCUGGCAUACCGCUCUAAGCCAGAGGAAGGGAAACUCAUCUUCUGCAACGGAGUGGUGCUGCACCGGCAGCAGUGCGUGCGCGGCUUCGGGGAGUGGAUCGACGCCAUCCUCGAGUUCUCCCAGAGCCUUCACCGCAUGAGCGUCGACGUCCCCUCCUUCUCCUGCCUCGCCGCCCUCGUCAUCAUCACAGACAGGCACGGGCUGAAGGAGCCGAAGAGGGUGGAGGAGCUGCAGAACCGCAUCGUGGGCUGCCUGAAGGACCACGUGGCAGCGGCAGGGGCCGAGCCCGGCCCGCGCUGCCUCCCCAAGCUGCUGGGAAAGCUGCCGGAGCUGCGCAGCCUCUGCACUCAGGGUCUCCAGCGCAUCUUCUACCUCAAGCUGGAGGACCUGGUGCCGCCACCACCCAUCGUUGACAAGAUUUUCAUGGACACACUGCCCUUCUGA